GGCUCAGCGAAGGCGCAAACCAGGAGGCGAGAAAGAGAAAGCGUCUCGGAGGAGGAGGAGAGAAAGGCGGGGAGGGGGGAAGCAGAGGGCUGUCCCUGGCCCCCCACCCGCGCGUCCCCCCACCCGGUCGCCCCCUCCCUAGAAGGAGCGCGCCUGGAGUAGCCCAUGGAAAGUCGCCCGGGGCAGGCGAGGGCUGGCCGGCUGGUGGAAGAGCCGGGACGCCGCUGAGAAGGAGCGGAGGGCGCUGCGGCAGCAGGCAGGAGCAACGCCGGGGCCGGCUGCCAGCAGUCCGGGCAAGGGGAGGUCAAUAGCCAUGGGUUCUGUAGGAGGAGACCACCACUUCAAGGAGGGAAGUCCAGUGGUGACACCUGAAGGGAACAUCGUGAUGAGCUUUAGUUUUGACAGCUAUCAGCUGGAAGAAGAAGAGCUUCAGGAGAAGACAGGUCAUACCAAAGGGGUCCUCACGUUCAUGGAACCAGUCUGUGAAGACCCUGAACCUCAAGAUUGCUACCAUGGAAUCUACUUUGCUAUGCUUCUAGCGGGUGUCGGUUUUCUUUUGCCUUACAACAGCUUUAUCACAGAUGUUGAUUACCUUCAUCACAAGUACCCAGGGACCUCUAUUGUGUUUGACAUGAGUUUAACCUACAUCUUGGUAGCCUUGGUUGCUGUCAUUCUCAACAAUGUCCUGGUCGAAAUGUUGAGUCUUCACACCAGGAUCACCGUGGGAUAUCUUUUUGCUUUGGGUCCUCUUCUCUUUGUGAGCAUCUGUGACGUCUGGCUUGAUCUCUUCUCCCAGCAUCAAGCUUAUGCUGUCAAUCUCAUGGCAGUGGGCGUGGUGGCCUUUGGUUGCACAGUGCAGCAAUCCAGUUUCUAUGGUUACACCGGGAUGCUGCCCAAGCGGUACACUCAAGGAGUGAUGACGGGCGAAAGUACUGCUGGAGUCAUCAUCUCCCUGAGUCGUAUCUUCACCAAGCUUCUUCUGUCUGACGAGAAGGGGAACACCAUGAUCUUCUUCUGCAUCUCCAUUGGGCUGGAGCUCACUUGCUUCCUCCUCCACCUCUUGGUCAAACAAACCUACUUUGUCAGGUAUUACACCUCCCGAUCCCAGAACAAGGCCUCUGAGUUUAAAGGGUCGACGGACAACGGCAUCGGAUACAGAGUCCACCAUGAUGUCACUGCAGAAGACAUCCGAUUUGAGAAUCGGCCCCCCAGACAAAAUGGGUCCCCUCCCGACACCUUUGCGGAUGCAGGUGAGCUGGCUGGCAGUGGCACCUACGUUCGGUUUGAUGUCCCUCAACCUGAAAUCAAAAGGAAUUGGCCAAGCUUCAGAGACAUGAUGUUCCACCGCUACAUCGUCUCCCGCGUGAUCUGGACCUACAUGGCGUCCAUCGCCGUGACUUACUUCAUCACCCUGUGCCUCUUUCCUGGGCUGGAAUCAGAGAUCCGGAACUGCACGCUGGGCGAAUGGCUCCCCAUCCUCAUCAUGGCCGUCUUCAACCUGUCCGAUUUCGUGGGCAAGAUUCUGGCUGCACUGCCUUACGACUGGAGAGGAGCCCACCUCCUCCUCUGCUCCUGCCUGCGAGUGGUCUUCAUCCCUCUGUUUAUCCUGUGCAUCUACCCCAACGGGAGCCCCACAUUUAGUCACCCGGCCUGGCCCUGCGUCUUCUCCCUCCUGAUGGGCAUCACCAACGGCUACUUCGGCAGCGUCCCCAUGAUCCUGGCAGCCGGCAAAGUGAACCCCGAGCAGCGGGAAUUGGCAGGUAACACCAUGACGGUGUCCUACAUGACAGGGCUGACCCUGGGCUCUGUUGUCGCCUACUCUGCUUACAGCCUGACCAGCACUUCUCCAAGUUCUUGCCUCUACCCAGAGAACUACACUGCCUCCAUCCUGGAUGGCAACUGACCAGACCAUCAACGGGGCACUGACUGACAUCUAGGCAUGCCAGCCAAGAUGGUAGCGGGGAAAGAGAGCUUGUGAGCCCCCUGCAGGCACAGCCCUAGCUCCUUCAGGAUCCGCAUGGAAAAAUCCAAGCCACAUCCUUGCCCAUGACCAUGUGUGUGAUAUAUCCUAACCCAUACUCGCAUGGGUACAUGAUGACCCAUGUGGCUAGUUUUCUGUGCAGGUUGCGUUGCCCCUGUUCGUCCCAGCUACAUCUGAGCAGGAAGUUUCUUUCUCCAAUGGACUGUUUCGCCUCCUCUACUACAGCUCUCUCUAGUAGCACUUAAAUCCAUUGGUCAGAGUAGCACCUGGCCCAUGUCAUGACAUAGGCAGCCUUUGCUGUCUCCUGCUUGGGUUUUUUUUUUUUAGGCAGCUGCUCAGUCAACAGCUGGAAGGCCCGGCCCGUCUCCUGCGAAGAGGCGAUUCCCCACUUGGAGACAGUCUGGUGCAGAGGGGUUUUUUGCACGUGGCACUGUGGUUUUAGGGCGCAAAGGAGAAUGGGGUGCAAAACAGAAUGUCUGGGGGCCGCAUCAUGGCAACCGAACUUAUUUUAGCGAUAUUUCGCUGCAGCUUUAUCCGUCAGAGCAAGUUGCUGUAGUCCUUGACUUAUGACCAUUGAGCCCAAAUGUUCUGUUGCUAGGCAAAACAUUUGUUAAGUGAGUUUUGCCCCAUUUUACGACCACGGUUGUUAAAUGAAUCACAGCAGUUGAUAACUUAGUAACCCGGUUGAUAAGUGUAUCCAGCUUCCCCAUUGACUUUGCUUGUCAGAAGAUCACAAAAGGGGGAAUUACACAACCCUCCAGGACACCGCAACCAUCCUAUAGCCGAGGGUCUGAAUUUUGAUCACAUGACUGCAAUGGUUG